AUGUUUUUUUCGAGUGAUUUCUAUGCGGGCAAGAUCCGACGCGACCAAGACGACCAGGAAGCAAUCCAGGUAAAGCGCGCGGCCGCAGGAAUUCCGACAUUGAUGCAGCUCAAUGUCGAUUGGGUUGUGAUCAGUGACGUGGAUGACGUGGCGCGUAAAUAUGUACGUCUAUUGCGCAGUUGCAACGUCACUGGGAACGUCUAUGAUCGCGACGAUUACCUAAAGCACCUAUCAAGAAGGACGAAAAGCAGCACCAGACCGAUCGUGGGGACAAGGACGAAAAGCAAAACCAGACCACCUGCAGCGUUGGGAGAUGAUCAAGAAGAAGAAGAAGUGCCAACGCAGGAUGAAUCCGAUCAAGAUCAAGCUAAGCUUCGAAAUCGUAGUCCAACGCCUGCGCCAGCAGAUCAUGGGGAUAACGAUGGUCAAGGCACACAAGAUCGCGGAGGUACCCUGUUCGCAACAGCACUACGAAGCGUUCUUGAAAACGGGGAUGCGAGUGAGUUUGUAGGUCUCACUUUUCAACGGCCACUACGAUCUUUGCUGGAUGAAGAACAAGGGGACAGCAUGGGUGAAGAUGCUUCCGAUAAAUCAGCUACAGGAUCUUCUGGCACGCCUAAAGCUAAAUCAAGCCAACUACCUAAGACUAAAUCGGUUCCGCCUACACCAGCACAGGUUCUUUCUGAGCUACGAGCGAUGGGAAUCAAGAACAUUAAAGCUAUGUAUGCAGAUUUUGUACUGUUGGCAAAUGCUGCUGGGAUAGUAAUGCACACAGCGCGUUGGGAUGGCUGGAGUUCCUUUCCCGCCGUCGCUAGCAUGCUCAAGGGGAGCGGUUCAGAAGCACCACACGAAGGGGGUUCAAAAGCACCACAGAAAUCAGAGGAAGAAGAAGCAAAAGAAGCUGCUCCUGCUUCUAGCGCAUCCGCAGUACCGAUUCUGAACCUCUUUCUACGAGACAACACAUACAAAUUCGUACCCAGUGGCUUUCGAUUGCUGAAGCAGCGAGCGCCGUAUCCCAUAGGCGACGUUCGGAAUUCAGUCGGCGUAGUAAACGAUUUGCGCGGAUGGCCGCGUUACCGCGUGUACAGAAGGAAUUCUUGCGAAAGGGGAAUCGCAAACGUCUUCUUUCUCCAUCAAAAGCAUAAUUUCAUUUCAAUGGUUCUUCAAAGGACACCUGAGCUCGCCAAUGACGAUCAAACUACAGCUACAACUAGAACAACAAGAACAGCUUACUUUGCAGUUCAGGAAGAUUCCUAAGCAUAUCAUCUACUUUAUUAAGAAGAACUUGGAAGAUAU